AUGGCAGGGAGGUCUUGUUACAGGGAUGCCUUGCCAUUCAUGGCCAUGGUCACUAUGGAGUGCGCGAACGUGGGUUUAAACACUCUCUUCAAAGCAGCCACUUUGAGAGGAAUGAGCUACCAUGUCUUUGUUGUCUAUUCUUACUCUGUAGCUGCUCUUUUUCUCCUUCCAGCACCCUUCAUCUCUAACAGAUCAAGGGUGCUUCCUCCCCUCAACUUCUCCAUAAUGUCUAAAGUUCUUCUUCUUGGGAUUAUAGGGAGUUCAUCUCAGAUCAUGGGGUACACAGGCAUCAAUUUCAGCUCUCCAACUCUUGCUUCAGCCAUCAGCAACCUUGUGCCUGCUUUUACUUUCAUUCUUGCCAUCAUUUUCAGGAUGGAAAGUGCAGCUUUGAGAAGCAGAAGCAGUCAAGCCAAAAUCUUGGGUACAAUAGUUUCACUUGCAGGUGCAUUUGUGGUAACUCUCUAUAAGGGCCCACCAAUUGUGUUUCCUCAUCAAUCACCGUCAAUUUCACUUCACCAACCUAUUCUAAACUCAACACCACCAACAAACUCAAACUGGGUACUUGGUGGCCUUCUGCUAACAGCUGAAUAUAUAUUGGUACCACUGUGGUACAUUGUUCAGGCACAAAUUAUGAAAGAGUACCCGAACGAAUUAACUGUAAUUUUUUUCUACAAUGUAUGCGUGGGCGUCGUAGCUGGCGUUGUUGCUCUGAUUACAGAACCAAAUUCCAGUGCUUGGAAGUUGAGACCAAAUGUUGCAUUGGUCUCCAUUUUGUGCUCUGGGCUAUUUGGGUCAUUUUUGAGCAAUACUGUGCACACAUGGGCCUUGCGCUUGAAGGGACCUGUCUAUGUGACAAUGUUCAAGCCUUUGUCAAUGGCCAUUGCUGUUGCCAUGGGUGUCAUCUUCCUUGAUGACACUCUUCAUCUUGGAAGCCUAGUUGGAGCAACAAUAAUAUCGAUCGGGUUUUAUACGGUGCUGUGGGGAAAAGCAAAGGAAGAGGCUGUUGAAGACUCUGUAGCUGAUAGCCUGGAAGCCCCAUCUGCCCACAAGGCCCCAUUAUUGCAAAAGUAUAUUGAAAACGACAAGAUGUAG